CCCCGGGCAAAAGCAAUCGAGGCAGACAUUAAUAUAAUAAUAAUAAAGAUGGUUCAACUAUACUCCUUCUCCGCUUUGGCCUUCGCCUGUGGAGCUUUGGCACAGACCGACGACUGUCAAACUGUCACUGAAAUUCUCGCAGCAAACGAAGAUCUGCGCACAUUCUACGACCUAGCACUGACGGCUGAUGGCGUUUUGGAUAUUCUCGACGGCUCGGAAUUCAAGACAGUUUUCGCACCAGUCAAUGCUGCCUUCGACAACAACGAGGCAUUGACAGCUGCCGUUGGUGAUGCGGCAAUAGUGUCGGAUACUAUCCUGUACCAUCUACUAGAGGGCAAUGUUACGGACCAAAUAGGAGAGGAUGUCAACGCCAUUCUUGAGUUCACAUUGCUCAUGUUGAACAUCGAGAACACAACCGUCACCGCCACUGACGGUGUACUUAUGAUCAACACGGCCAACUUCGAACAGGUCAACAUCCAGGCGUGCGACGGUACGAUAAACAUCAUUGAUGCUGUGCUUGUGCCAAAGUCGUUGGAGGCGCUGGUCAAUGGCGAAGAUGCAGAGGCAGACGUCGCCGAUCCUUUCGGUGGAAAUCCCUUCGGAGACACAACUGAGGACACCGAAGAGAGUGCGGCGAGUUCUGAAGUAGAUCUCGAUGUGUCUGUGUCAGUUGAAGGUGACAGCAGUAGUAUGGUUGACGAAGACAUGGCCACAGAGUUCCCUGUGUUUACCGGCGAGGCUAUGGAAAGCAGCAUGGAAAUGGAGAGUGACAUGGAGAGUGAAAUGGAGAGUGAAAUGGCCAGCGGUGAGCCUGAGGUGCUUGUGGUCACUGAAGUGGUUGUGGUCGUAGAGACGGCACCUGCCCAGGUUGAGGGUGAAGUAGCUGCCCCUGAGGAGCCUCAAGUGGUUGUGGAGACGCAAGUGGUUGUGGAGACACAGGUCAACACAGUAGUUAACACCAAUGUGGUGACUGAGACUAAUGUGGUUACGCAGACGGGUACCGCUGUUGAUGAGGUCGUUGUCGCAGAAGAGGGCGACACAGGCAUCACAGGUGGGUUCGCCAGAAAGAGACGUUUGUCCAAGUGGUGGUGAAUUGGCCAAUCUCCGAGCAGGCCUUUCGGAUGAUUUCAAGCUGCAGGUAUAGUACAAGUCGAUUCAAGCUGUAAGCAUAGUAAAAAAUCAAUGCAAUAAGUAAGUAUAGUACAUUGAGAAGCGGAGUGCUUUUUUGAUUAAAUUUAAAAUAGUC